UUCUUGCUUUUGGGACAAAUGGUAUCAGUUUGCGAUUUGAGCAAUACACAUCGUAUCUCCUCAUUUCUUACAACUUCAAAACCAUUUCUUUCAACAUGAAAUUCUUCGUGGUAGCUGUAUCCCUCUUUGCCGUGGCAUUGGCCGCACCAUCGGGUCCUGAUGCAGCUCUCGAAGCACGUCGGAGGCUACCCGCCCUGGAGCACGAGGAGGUCCACGAUGAGUUCGGUCAGUUCGCUCUCCGGUACGUGACAGCUGAAGGCACCGUGGUGUCAGAGCGUGGCCGCCUCGUGCCUUCCCACGAUGGUACCGGCUACGUCAUGAUCACCGAGGGCGAGGUCUCGUACAUCGGUGAUGACGGCAAGACAUACGUCACCAAGUACACCGCUGGUCUUGACGGCACACACGUUGAAGGCAACCACCUCCCAGUGUCUGUGACCCCUGAACCCGUUCCUGCUGUGGAACCCGUCCCUGCUGCUGCACCAAUUGUUGCCCCUGAACCCGUCAAAAUUCUAGCCAAGCCCAUUGAAUUUAUAAAUUUGUAAUUGUGAAAUAAAGUGUAAAACGUU